UGACAGCGACUAUUACAAAUGUAUCUAUUCAUUUUCUAGAGAGAGAAAUAAAACAGGGAAAGGGCACAUCAAUUUGAACUCGAAUCAAAUCUCUCUCUUUUCUUUUAAAAAAAGUGAAAAAACUCUUAUCAUCUUCACUCAUAUUAUAUACCCACUGCAGUUUUUCGAACUCAUCUCUCCAGAACCCUCCCAUCUCUCUCUCUACACCUGUAUUUACACAAAUAUCCAAUAGAUAUUUAAUCACAUUGGCGUAAUAAUAUACCUUUUUUUUUUUGGGAAAUUGGAUGCGCGCUGCAAAAAGCAAUUUGAUCAGUGAUGGCGGAGGUUCCCGGCGAGGGAAGUAUCGGCGGGAUGGCGGAGAUGGCUCCCGUAGAGAGCGGCAGUAAUGCGCAGACAGCGACACCGCUGACGGUGUCGGCGUCGUUCAAGGAAGGAGGCAGGGGUUCGUCGUCGCGGCGGAGGGCGUCUGUACGGCCGAGCCUCGAUGCCGAUGAGUUUAUAAACCUGCUUCAUGGUUCGGAUCCGGUGAAGCUGGAGCUUAAUCGACUGGAGAACGAAGUCAAAGAUAAGGAAAGGGAAUUGGGGGAAGCGCAGUCUCAGAUCAAGGCUUUGAGAUUGUCAGAGAGGCUUCGGGAAAAAGCUGUAGAAGAGGUUUUAUCAUUUUUCUAUUUUGCUUUUUCUGUUUUCAUACCUGAGCACGGUGGUAGGGUGGCAAGGGGUGCUAGCGUGGUGGUCAUGUUGGAUUUGCAAUUACACAAUCUUGACAUUAAGAGAAUCAAUGAUGAAAAGAAGGCCUCCAUGGCAGCUCAAUUUGCAGCAGAAGCAACACUGCGCAGAGUUCAUGCUGCUCAAAAGGAUGAUGAUAUGCCUCCAAUUGAAGCUAUUCUGGCUCCACUGGAGGCUGAGCUCAAGCUUGCCCGACAGGAGAUAGCGAAGCUUCAGGAUGAUAAUAAAGCAUUGGACAGGCUUACCAAAUCUAAAGAGGCUGCUCUGCUUGAAGCAGAGAGAACUGUACAGGUAGCAUUAGCGAAAGCUUCUAUGGUGGAUGAUCUUCAAAACAAGAACCAAGAGUUGAUGAAGCAGAUCGAAAUUUGCCAGGAAGAGAAUAAGAUAUUGGAUAAAAUGCAUAGGCAGAAGGUUGCAGAAGUUGAAAAGCUUACCCAAACGGUACGUGAGCUUGAAGAGGCUGUGCUUGCUGGUGGGGCAGCUGCCAAUGCUGUGCGUGACUAUCAGCGGAAAGUUCAGGAGAUGAAUGGCGAGAUGCAGCAACUUAAGGACAAGCUUGCCGUUAGUGAGAGAACUGCCAAAUCUGAAGCCCAGUUGAAAGAAAAAUAUCAACUAAGACUCAAAGUUCUUGAAGAGACUUUGAGAUCACCAAACACAGCAACUCGAAGCAUGCCAGAUGGAAGGAGCUCAAAUGGCGUUUCUCGCAGACAGUCACUCGGUGGAGCUGAAAAUAUUUCCAAGUUGACAUCCAAUGGCUUUCUGCCCAAAAGAUCACCAUCAUUUCAAAUCAGAUCUUCUGGUAGCAGUACAGUGUUGAAGCAUGCAAAAGGAACAUCAAAGUCUUUCGAUGGUGGCUCAAGAUCUUCGGACAGGGCUAAAAUUCUCUUAAAUGGACUAGGACCGAAUUUCAAACAAAGCCAGUCUUGUGAUGGAACUAAGGAAUCUGAGACACAAAGUAGUAAAUGCAAAGCAACUCCAGAGGAAAAAUCAAGUGAUACACUAGUUCCAGAAAAAGAGGAUACUGUGCCAGGGUUGUUAUAUGAUCUGUUACAAAAGGAGGUGGUCUCUUUGAGGAAAGCUGGACUUGAAAAGGAUCAGAGUCUUAAAGAUAAGGAUGACGCGAUUGAGAUGUUAGCAAAGAAAGUAGAAACUUUGACUAAAGCGAUGGAAGUUGAGGCCAAAAAGAUGAGAAGAGAGGUAGCUGCUAUGGAGAAAGAGGUGGCCGCCAUGCGUGUGGAGAAAGAACAUGAAAAUAGGGCGAAACGACUUGGGAAUUCAAAGAGUUCUGUCAGUUCACAGGUGCUGCCUGGAAGGAGUGUAUCAAGAAGUGGUUCGAUGCGGAGCACACAAUAACAAAAAAGACGAUCUCGGCAUUAAUGAUCUGUCCUGCGUAAAUUUGCUCUUUAUCCUUGUCAUUCCCUAAUCUUUUACACUUUGACUGUUGUUUGUGUAAUUAUAACAAGCAUGCCAAUGGCUAUUUGGUUGGUGGCGACAAAGGAAGCAAAAUUGUGCAAAGGAUGAGAGGCCAUAAAUCUGACGGGAAAUGGUUGAGUGGGCGUGCUUUCUGACAUAGAAAAUAUAAUCCCUCCCCCUCUGCUUUAAAAAAAUGAGGAUAUUGAAGUUGAGCUAACCUUUUGGCAGUAUACUUCGGGUGGCAGUUUUUCUAAAUGUGUUUGUAUAGGUAUUUAGCUUUGUUGGCUACUUAUCCUUUUCCCUGGUACACUUCUGUUGCUUUAUUAUUGUGUGCAGUCUAGUCUAUAUUUGAAAUCUGCAGUUUAGUGUGGUUGGUAUUUUGAUUGAGGUUUGUUGGUAUUUUUGUUAUCAGAUGCAAUUUUUACACCUGGUUUUUCCGUCAUUGUGUUCUUGUUCAUCUGUAUUCAGGGGGCUACAAAAUUUUAUUGCCUUUCUAUUGGUGGUUAUGCAGUUAUGC